UGGGUGACAGCCUCUCGCUGGGGUUCUUUUCCGGAACGGGAACGGGGGUCAGUGUAAUCCGCCGUAAUCCACCGGCACCGAGCGGACGGGAAGCUCGUGAGUGUCGGGAACACUCGGUGAAGCCCCUGCCUUGUCCGUACAGCUCGGUUUCGGGCGCCCUCAUAGCCGAUGGCCACCGUGAACCGAUGGUGAAAAGUGCUCCGGGGGUCAGAGGCUGAUUGCGGGGAGGAGGAGAAGGUCUGCGCGGUGUCAUGGAGCUGAGAGUCGGGAACCGGUACCGGCUGGGCCGGAAGAUUGGUAGCGGUUCUUUUGGAGACAUUUAUUUGGGCACUGACAUUGCAGCAGCUGAGGAAGUUGCCAUCAAAUUGGAAUGUGUGAAAACAAAGCACCCGCAGCUCCAUAUCGAGAGCAAGAUCUAUAAGAUGAUGCAAGGAGGAGUGGGUAUCCCAACCAUAAAGUGGUGUGGGGCCGAAGGGGACUACAAUGUCAUGGUCAUGGAGUUGUUGGGACCAAGCCUUGAAGAUCUUUUCAACUUUUGCUCCAGGAAAUUUAGCUUGAAGACUGUGCUGCUACUUGCUGACCAGAUGAUCAGUCGCAUCGAAUACAUUCAUUCCAAAAACUUCAUCCACCGCGAUGUUAAGCCUGAUAAUUUCCUCAUGGGCCUUGGUAAAAAAGGAAACCUGGUCUACAUAAUUGAUUUUGGACUUGCAAAGAAGUAUCGAGAUGCCAGAACACACCAGCAUAUUCCCUACCGUGAAAACAAGAACCUGACUGGGACUGCCCGAUAUGCGUCCAUAAACACUCACCUUGGAAUAGAACAAUCUCGCAGGGAUGAUCUCGAGUCAUUGGGUUAUGUGUUGAUGUAUUUCAACCUUGGCUCACUACCAUGGCAGGGACUAAAAGCAGCCACCAAACGACAAAAAUACGAGCGCAUAAGUGAGAAAAAGAUGUCUACACCCAUUGAGGUCUUGUGUAAAAGUUAUCCUUCCGAGUUUGCUACCUACCUGAACUUCUGUCGGUCCCUACGUUUUGAUGACAAGCCAGAUUACUCUUUCUUAAGGCAGCUAUUCAGGAAUCUCUUCCAUCGUCAAGGUUUCUCCUAUGACUACGUGUUUGAUUGGAACAUGCUAAAGUUUGGUGCAAGUCGUGCUGCUGAAGAUGCAGAGCGUGAGAGAAGAGAGCGUGAAGAGCGCCUAAGACACACAAGAAAUCCUGCUGCCCGGGGCUUGCCUUCUACUGCUUCAGGGAGACUAAGAGGGACGCAAGAAGUAACGCCACCCACUCCACUCACACCAACCUCCCACACAGCCAACACCUCCCCCAGACCUGUGUCCGGUAUGGAACGUGAACGGAAAGUGAGUAUGAGACUGCAUCGUGGUGCUCCUGUUAAUGUCUCUUCAUCUGACCUAACUGGUCGACAAGAUACCUCUCGCAUGUCAACUUCACAGAAUAGCAUUCCAUUCGAACAUCAUGGCAAGUAGCUGCUCGCCCCAGUCUCGGUUGAAGGCAGCACUGGAUUCCCAGUCGGGUGGCCUCCAGUGGUUUCCCUUCAACUGUCCACCGAUGAACACAUUCCCCCGUGGAGGGGCGGUUAAGUGCAUGGCUAAUCUUUCAAUGGUUUCACUAGCAAAUAAAAAUAAAAUAAAAAAAUAAAAAAAAUGGAAUCUGAAAAUAAAGGCACAACCACAGCAACAAAACCCGAUUUAAAAGCAACCAAAUCCGAAUGGAGCUUUACAUGCUUUUUGACAAAGAUGGCGGCGUGAACAACAAACGGCCCAGCUAGCGAAGAUGUGACGCCCUUUAGAACUCUUGCCCACCAGUGCAGACGUAGACUUUUAAGCGCCAAAUACAGCAAUGCCAUUUUAUUUUUCUUAGUUCCUUUUUCAGGGCUCUUUUUUUUGUUUUUUUUUUUCAAGGCCCUUCUCUACAUGGUUUUGUAUGUAUCUUUGUUUAAAAAAAAAAAAACAACUUUCCAUGAAUAAAUGUGCCAGAUCUGUCGGUCUUGUUUCCACAAUGACAGUGAUGUAGCAUGAGCGGAGAUUCGCUGGCCAUGAUUUUACUGGUGAGAAGACUAGUGCAUAUGGGCUCCAUGUACAGUUCUUUUUAAUAAGCUUUAUUUAAUUUAGUUUUUAAUUUAGUUUUAGUUUUUCCCGCUUUUUUUCUUUUUCUUUUAUCAGGGGUAAUAAAGCAUUCCUAUGCAUGCCUAGAUAGAGGGAUUUUUUUUUAAAGACGUAAAGUUCUUGAAGCACUGGCGAUCAUUUGUAUUUCGGAAACCAUUCUGUGAAAUCCCUCGCAGUGCACUGUGAGGGUGUGUGUUUUUUGUUCUGUUUCUUCCCCCCCCCCCUCACCCCCUCUGUUGUUAAUUUUAGGUUUUAGGACAUAUCAAUCCUGAUGCCUUCAUAUCAGAAAAGGAGGGGAAAAAAAACCCAUACACUUCCAUUUAGAAGCAUCGCCGUACACAAUGCGGCAUUAGUGUUUUAGAUCUCACCGUUUGAGCCUCAAGUUAUCACUGUAGCAAGUAAAAGGUGAAAGCCACUAAGUGUACGUAGAGGUAACUCUUUAAACGUGUUAAUCUUUGUCCUUAUAUAUUAGGCAGCACAGGCCCUUGUUAAAGGUGUAAAUUCAUAGGACUGGCUACCCAUAUUUGGGUUGUGCAAUAUGGACAAAUGUCUAAAUUUUGUGAGGGGUAGGGGCUGUGAUAUGGGGAGGGGGUAGGGCGGGUUUCCAAUGUUUGAUGUGGUCUUCAGCUGUGUUUUUAAAGAUUAAAUUUCCUCUUCAUUCAGUAGGCUUCACAUGACUUUUUAUGGUACAGGAUGCAGUCUGUUAGAUGGAUAUUUACAAUAGGUAAGGCUUUGUGUUCUUGUUGUAAGAAUGUUUAUUACCGAGUAUUUCUAAAGUGUGAGGAUCGUCAUGGAAGGAGUCGUCUGUGUAUGCUAGUUAACCUGUAAUAUUUCCGCAUGUCCCAUGUGCUCUGUACAAUUCUUCACGACGUGCUUUUUUCUUUGUAAAUAUCUGUGAAUGUCCUGUUAACUAACCAACUUUUCUAACCACUGUACACCAAGGUCUUUACAUACUGUUUGAGAGCAUUAGUAAAUUACAACAGAGGGGAGCGCUCAAUUCCCUCAUUUGCCAUAAUGACAGAAUGUUUUCCUGGGAUCUUAAGAAAUCCUGUACAUUGAUACUUAUUGCCAAGAAAACAAUUUGUAUCACUACUGUAUUUGUGUACUUUACAAAGUGUGUAAAUAAUAAAUUCGUAACUUCUACA